ACUCCGCUUCGCCUGUAACGGCAGCUAUUAGCCUAAGCUAACUCAUAUCGUACUAAAGUAUAUUCAAUAUGUCUAGUGAAAAAUUCAUUUUUAUCGCGUCGGUGUGCGUGGUGGCGAUAUUCGUCAGCAGAUCAACGGCAGGACCGGCGCCAAAGGUUGUCAACAUUGAGGACGUCCUAAACCGGACUGUCUGUCCCUUCAAAGUGGACAUCGACAUAAACGAGGAUCGAGUGCCGCGGCGGAUAAAAAUGAUACGCUGCGCCGAGCAACCCAACCACUGGUGCAGGGCGAACGCGAUUCCCGACCACGAAUGCUGUCAUCACAAGCACUCCAACCACGAGAUGGAAUGUGUGGAAGUGCGGGACAAGGCGCUAGUGUACUACAAGAGCUCAGAUCGGACGGACUACAUGGACGUGACAGUGGGCUGCACCUGUAUGAUAGGGACGGUGAACACAGUGCACGCGGGAUCAUAGGGCCUCCGCCGCGGCCGGCGCCGACACCGCCGCUGCCGCGCUCUGCACAUGGUACAGAGUUCCUAUUCGCACUCUCGCAAAUGCAGUCGGCGACAUAAGACUAAAAAAAUCGUGACAAAAUCAUGAAAACAGUGCGUGAUAUCAGUGGAUGAUAAAUAAGGUAGAG